CCUACGACUACCGCUCCCAUUCGCCUGUACCACUACCCUCGAGUGCCACUCCCCUCGCCCUCUCAGCCCGAAUCAGCUUGCAGCCUGACAUCAUCUUCGAACUUUUGCAACUGUCCCCAAUCAGUUUGCCGCACUCCACCACCACAAAACUCAAAGGCCUCGACACCAUCGUACCUUCUACAACCCUGCACUACCACAAUGGCACCUGCUUCUUUCGCUUCAGCAGCUGCAGGAAGUAACGCUGGCUCUGCACGCACAGAUUCAAGCGGCGAGUGGGCUCGACGCACUAAUGGUGCGACGCAAACAUUUCGCCGGCCCUCACACGCGACCACGCCCUCUGGAUCUGCGCUCCUUCCCGCCUCCCGAGAUGCGCCUGCCCCUGCACUCUCGACAAAUUCUGGAGUCUACGUACCGCCACAUGCGCAACCGGGGCGCAAUGGAGGUUCUGUCGAGGGCCGCUAUUCGCGAGAUCAACUAGUGCAGCUCUUCCAGUCCCAGCGAGAUUCCAACGAUAUCAAAGAAGGUCUUUCGCAUCUGUACAUGGGCUCUUGGGAACCUCACGCCACAAACGGUGCCUCGGGCGUUUCGUGGGGGCGCAAGGACGACCAUGGAAGGGAGGCUCAGAGCGGGGUUGACCAGUGCUGGGACAAGGACGGCAGCAUACAGCCCCUGCAUCUGACAGAACUUACAGAGGAUGAGAGAGAGAUCUUUCUGUCUUCUGUCAACUCGCCGCUCAAACCACCGACGCAGAACACCAACAAGGAUGGCACUUCUAAGGAAGGCCUGUCUUUGCGCAAGACUUCAAUUUCGCAAACACCCGGCACGCCGUAUGGUCUGUCAUCACCAACGACUACUCGACCUGGCAACCGUCGCCGCGACACUGGCGAGGCGUAUCCCUUCCCUGCAUCGCCUGCAACCUCUCGAUUUGCGCGUGAAGAGUCCAACACCGUUAUUCCACCGCCGUCUCUGAUACGCCGCAGAACAGACUACAAAGAGCCGGCCAUUGGUGAGGAAAGCGAGAAAGAGAAGGGAGCUGCUGAGAACGCUGGAUCCUUUGGUAAUCUGAAACGCACGGCCACUGCACCAUUCAGUCCAGGUAGCACUUCGCCAUGGGCUGCUUCGCAAGGUGGUGGAUUUUCGGGUCCCAUGGGCGCAUUUGGCAGCUUCGGUGUCCCGCAAUCUGAAAAGAAGUCUGGACUAGGAAGCGUGAGAGGUGAAAGCAGGUUCAAGGGACUGAUGGGCAAAGCCAGCACUGAGGAACUCGAGAAGGCUCCGAAAGAGAAGGCAUCACUUGGUAAUCUUGGCAAGCUCAGCGAAGCAGAACCUUCGAAGCCAAGCGCGUCUUGGAUGGAGGCACGUUCCAACCGGCCCAUGAGCAGCGAUACCGAUCCAUAUCUGGAGGACGACCAUCCCACAGGCUCGGCAGCACUACGAGGCGAGGAUGUAAGCCCUCCCAGGCACGGUUUAGGAGGCUUUGGCACGCCACACCGACCUGAGGGACGCGACGAUGGUGGCCUGGCUUCUUUUGGCAUGACAACUGACAACACUGGCUUCCGUGACAUGUUCGGCAACUUCAGUCAGCAGACACCUCACCGCGGAGGAGGCGGAGGAGGAGAAAGAGGCAAUGAUCCCAUGAGCCCUACGGACACCAACCCUUACAGGAGCCCUGAUCACGCCCGCGAGGAACAAGAGGAAGAUUCUGACGGAUCCGAUGUUCCCAACACGCAUUAUCCGGGUAUGGGCAGUUUCCAGGUGGACUCUAGCAUGUCAGGCUUGCACAACGCCUUUGGCGGCCUUGGAGGUCUUGGAAGAACUCCCGGAGCGUUUGAGGCUGCUGCUGGAGACCGGAGCCAGACUUCGAGUGUUGGACCUGGGCGCGGAUUCCCUACUCUGCCCGGGCUUGGAGGUCUACCUGGUUUGGGAGGCUCUUCGGCUUGGUCCGCAGGCCCGCAAGCAUUGGGCACUCCCUCUCGAGAGCGUCCAUUCGGAUUCGAUAGUGCUUUCGGAAAUGUAGGCGAAGUUCAGUCGCCAUCGCUCGCUGGGCUCGGCAACAGCUCAUUGUUUGGAGGAGCAUCAGGCCUCGGCCAUGGUUCGAUCGGUCGUGCCAGCAAGUUGGGGUCCCUGUUUCCAGCCUCGAUGCAGGAACAGAUGCGCUCAAACGAACAACAUGGCGACGAUGGCUCCUCGCACAACGACCGUCAACAAAGCAUGACUGGAGCAUUCGGCAGAUUCGGCGCACAAGCUCCCGGCAGCGGCAUCCCCAACCGCGACACCGACUCGCCUUUCCGUGCAAACCGCAAUCUGUUCGACGAUUUCUCAGGAGCAGGUGGUGACGACCAAGGUGCCUUUGGACAGACUUCCGGUGCUCAAUCCAGCCUGGCAACAACGUCGUUGUCUAUGGCUGCGCUCAACCAGACCAGGACAGCACAACCUUCCACCCCCGGUCUCGGAAGCCCAGCUUCUAGCCAGCCUCCUCAGCCCCAGCAGCGUACUAUGGUUAUGCCUGAUCGCAUGAGGUGGAUUUAUCGCGACCCGUCAGGCAACACGCAGGGCCCAUUCUCUGGACUGGAGAUGCACGAUUGGUACAAGGCUGGGUUCUUCUCUCCUGAACUUCUGGUCAAGAAGCAGGAGGAGCCAGAUUACGAACCACUCGCUCAGCUCAUCCGCCGCAUUGGCAACUCUCGCGAACCAUUCCUGGUCCCUCAAAUCGGUAUACCCCAUGGACCAGCCACAGCUCAGCCUGGCAACAGUUGGGCUGGCGGUGCCGGCACCACACCUGGCGCUCAGCCGCCGUUUGCCAAUAGCUUCCCCAGCUUUGGUACUACCUUGACUGCCGAGCAACAGAAUGCUCUUGAGCGCAGGAAGCAAGAGGAGCAGUAUCUCAUGGCUAGACAGAAGGAGCACUUGGCAGCACAACAGUCGGUCAACUUGCGAUCAGCUCAGUUGGGAGGCAUCAUGCCGAAUCAGCUUCAACAUCACUCUAGUGCUCACAGCCUGCAUAGCCAGCCUAGCUUUGGUAGCAUCACUUCGCCUGGAGGCUACCAGCCAUCUCCCACUCAAGGACCAGGGCCCGGCGCGUCAGUCCCUGGUCUCAUGGAGAAUGCCUUCAGGCCUGGUAUGGUCCCCGGCCUGGGUCCCAUUGGCCCUGGCAUGGACAUGAUGGGUAACAUGCGGGAUGAUGAAGUAUCCGGCCUCAUGGACCGUCUCAACCUUGGCCGUGGUGGACAGCCUGCUUUCGGCACUGCACCUGGAUCUUUUGCCCUGCAGCACCCAGAGUCUGCGUCACACGCCCAGAACGUUGUUGCCAUGCUCAGUGACCGAGCACGACUUCAGCGCGAGCAGGCUGAGCAUGACGCCCUGCAGAGGCUAGGCUUGAACGAUCAGCAGGCUGCCCAGGCUUCCGCCGAUCGCCUGCAACAGUUCAACGAUUUGCAAGUACAGACAGACCUCGACCAGUCUCGUGUGGCUCCUCCACCAGAAGGUGUGAUUGGAAAGCCGUCUGCCCCUGCUGCGCAGGCACAGGAGCAGGAGUCCGAUCCUACGUCGCCCGAGCAUGAUGACGCUCAAGAACAAGCACCCGAGCCAAGCGCUGAGGCGCCAUCUGCCACCCAGGAGCCACUCUCUUUGACUGAGCAAGUCCAAAAGGCGCAGUCUGCUAAGCAGUCUCCUCAGCCUCAGUCAGCUUGGAAGCCAGUUGAGCCCACCAUUUACCCAUUCCCGCCGCCACCCUCGCAGUCUCCUCUCCCAGCACCUGCUGCGCAGAGGAAGGCCAUCGUCCCCGGAGACUUGCAUGCAGAUUCCCGUGCUGCCACACCUGCGGUUGACACCCCAAGUGCAUCCAUCGCACCAUGGGCGAAGGAGCCUACCGAAGCUUCGAGGGGUCCUUCUCUGAGGGAGAUCCAGGAAGCAGAGGCCAAGAAGGCUGCCGAGCGUGAAGCCUUUGCUGCUGCUGCUCGCCGCGAAGCCUUUGAGAAGGAGCUCUUGGCUCAGACACAGUCGCCUGUUGUCCAACCCGGCUUGCCCUCCACUUCCACGUGGGCGAGUGGCGCCAGUGCUUCUCCAGCCACACCGGCUCCUGCUGGUGGUGCCUCAGUGUGGGCCAAGCCUGCUGCUGGCAAGGCUCCCGCUCAGCCAACUCCUGCCUCCAAGAAGACUCUUUCGCAGAUUCAGAAAGAGGAAGAAGCUCGCAAGAACCGGGCAGCGGCUCAAGCUGCUGUCGCAGCCAGUACUCUCGGUGCUGCUGCUGCCGUCACCGCUGCUGGAAAGCGCUAUGCGGAUCUGGCCAGCAAGCAGACUCCAGUUCUCCCCGCCGCAGCUCUUGCUGCUGGUGCCAGCCCCUGGACCACCGUAGGUGCAAGCGGCAAGGUUAAGACCCCAGGCGGUGCUGCCAGCCCUGCACCCGCCGCCGUUCGCUCGACUAGCUCAACUGUUGUACCUUCAAUUCUUAAGAAGCCUACUGUCACACGCACCACUACUCUCGGCGGCGCUUCGGGCAAGGCCAACGCUGAAGAGGAGUUCCGCAAGUGGGCUGUGAACGAGCUUCGCUCUGACCUCAACAAGGGCAUCAAUGCCGAGGACUUUGUCUCUUCCCUCCUGAGCUUCCCCGCCGACGCUGAGCUCAUCACUGAGUCCGUCCACUCCGCUAGCAACACCCUCGACUCACGCCACUUCGCCGAGGAGUUCCUUCGCCGCCGCAAGCUCGCUGACAAGGGCAUCAUUGACGACCGCAACACGUCCAGCCCCGCUGAGAACAAAUCUGCAGGCAGUGGCUGGUCCGAGGUCGCGAAGAAGGGUGGCGCAAGCGCCCAGCAGCAGCAACAGCAGCCUGCUCUUGAUUCUGGCGCGUUCAAGGUUGUGCCCAGCAAGAAGAAGAGCAAGAGGUAGAUUUCUUUGCUCGUCAAGGAGGAUACGGGGCUUGAAGGCUGUAGGCAGUAGGAUACUAUGGAGCGUGAAUCGGCCUGCACCAUGUUGCGCGCUUUUACGCUCAAGGGGAAUAGAGACCUAGAAAAUGUUGACAACAACAAGCAGAACUACAAGUGUACUUGG